GGAGCGGCGGCGGCUGGCAGAGACUGACCCGGAGGGGCGGGGGCGGCGUGGAGGAGGCAGAGGCCGGCGAUCAGCUCUACUCUUGCUCGGCUGCCAUGUCCCGCCAGGCGAAGGACGACUUCCUGCGGCACUACACAGUCUCCGACCCCCGGACCCACCCCAAGGGCUACACCGAGUAUAAAGUGACCGCGCAGUUCAUCUCAAAGAAGGACCCAGAGGAUGUCAAAGAGGUGGUGGUCUGGAAGCGGUACAGCGACUUCCGCAAGCUGCACGGGGACCUGGCCUACACCCACCGCAACCUCUUCCGCCGCCUGGAGGAGUUCCCGGCCUUCCCCCGCGCCCAGGUGUUCGGCCGGUUCGAGGCCUCAGUGAUUGAAGAGCGGCGGAAGGGGGCCGAGGACUUGCUUCGCUUCACUGUGCACAUCCCUGCGCUCAACAACAGCCCGCAGCUCCAGGCCUUCUUCCGGGGUGGGGAGGUGACCCGGCCCUCCGACAUGUCCAGAGACCUCCACAUCCUGCCACCCCCUCUGAUGCCCACGCCACCCCCUGAGGAGCCCUGGUUGCCCCAGCCGCUCCCUGCGGAGAGGAGAGGCCUGGAGGAACUGGAGGUGCCAGUGGAUCUCCCACCGUCCAGCCCUGCCCAGGAGGCCCUGGAUCUCCUUUUUAACUGCGGGAGCACCGAGGAGGCGUCCAGUUCCCCUGCCCGAGGCCCCCUCACAGAGGCUGAGCUCGCCCUCUUUGACCCCUUCUCCAGGGAAGAAGGUGCAGGCCCCAGUCCAACCCACAUGGGUGAGUUGGCAGCGAUGGAGGCAGAGUCUGAAAGGCUGGGCCAGGAACCCUGGGAGCCUGGAGGGCAGGAGGAGGACGAGGAAGGCCGGCCGGCCCCCACCUAUCUGAGCCAAGCCACAGAGCUCAUCACCCAGGCUCUGCGGGAUGAGAAGGCAGGUGCCUUCGCUGCAGCUCUGCAGGGCUACCGGGACGGCGUGCACAUCCUGCUGCAGGGCGUUCCUGGUGACCCAUCAUCUGCCCGCCGGGAGGGUGUGAAGAAGAAGGCAGCUGAGUACUUGAAGAGAGCGGAAGAAAUCUUGCACAAGCACCUGUCCCAGCUCCCCUCCUGAGGAGGAGUGAACCCCAGCCCAGGACUCUAGCUCCAGCACUGCCAGCCACUCCUUUUCACGCUCCCUGGGGCCUGGCCCAGGGUCCUGGUCUUGUAACUCUAGGGGUCAUUUCUGUAUGUAACUGGACCAACAAUGAGACAAAUACGAAUUCAGAG